GCAAGAUCACCGCGGACUUUUUUCGAACGGUGAACGCGCGAGAAGGAACGCAAGCGAUCUCGUUCGUAUAAAACGAGCUCUUGUCCAAUCGAUUUUGGGCCGCUACUGGGCUCAAGAAUCGGUGACAGUAAGGUACAGAAUAGGUACGGGAGCGAGGCUGAAAAGAGGAGCGCCCCCCGGGACGAUCGUAUCGCGACGGGUUGACAAAUGCCCAGCACAAAUCAAACCGUCGAUCCUCCGUGCGCCAAGUGAAAAUGAGAUCACUCGUUGGCUCACCUUGCGGCGGUUGAUGCUGCCGCGAGGCCCUGAGAGGCAAAGGACCAUAAUGUGCAAUGUGAAGAUAAAGCUCGGCGCCGUCUCGAUGGAUCGAUUGCAAUUACCACUUGGCAGCCGUCACUGAGUAAUUUAGCAAUUACGCGCGGACGCGCGUAAGGUUCCACGAACGUCGCACAAUGCAGGGCAAUCCCGCCUUCCUCGCGAUCCUCCUUGGCACGAUAUUCUGCGUGCUGGGCGCCUCGUUAAGUCGCGCGGUCAGAUACAAGGCGCCCGACGAAUGCGAAUGGUUGACGGAAGGCGAUGGCGAAGACGACGUGUCGCUGGUAUGCCGGCUCAGGACAAUCAACAGCGAGCUGGAGAACACGAAUUUCAGUGUUAUCCAACCUCAUCACACGGUGCGGCUUCGACUCGAAUGCAGCGACGCUCUGUUUUAUCAAAGUUCCUUGAGCGCCGGUAGCUUUCGGCCACUGGUCGAAUUGAAAGAGCUCGUAAUCGAGUAUUGCAAGAUCGGUAAUUUGUCGGACGAUGCGUUCCGGGGACUGAGGGAGCUGAGGAACCUCACGGUCCGGACGUACAAUACCGAUUGGUCGUCUAUGACACUCGAGGUAUCGCAGCGAGCUUUUACGGAGGAGCUGAGCCAACUUGAGAAACUUGACUUGAGCAACAACAACAUGUGGAGCCUGCCGGAGGGGUCGCUCUGUCCAUUAUUUAAUUUGGAGCUUCUGAAUCUGACGAAAAAUCGAUUGCGCGAGGUGUCGAGCUUCAAAUUCAACUUGGGCAGUAGAUGCGUGUCCAACCUGAGGAUACUGGACCUGAGCAACAAUAGCAUCGAGUCAUUGCCGUCCGCGGCAUUCUCGGGCCUCACGAGGCUGCAUUCAUUAAACUUGAGGAGCAAUAACAUCGCUUUUAUAGCCGACAGAGCGUUCGAGGGCAUGGGUGUAUUAACGACGAUCGAGCUCACGAACAAUCGGCUUGGUAGCUUGCCGCCAGAAUUGUUUGUAGAUGCGCGAGAUAUUAAAGAGAUACAUAUCCGUAAUAAUACGCUUGCGAUCCUGCCGCCCGGCAUAUUCAGCGAGCUUACGCAGCUUUUGGUUCUGGACAUGUCGAUGAACGACCUCACGGCCGAGUGGAUUAAUUCGGGGACGUUCGCGGGAUUGGUACGACUGGUUGUUUUGGAUCUCGCUGACAAUCAAAUAACUCGCCUCGAGUCCUCGGUAUUCCGUGACCUCUACAGUCUGCAAAUCCUCCGGCUCCAAGAGAAUCUCAUCGAAUUCUUGCCCGAGAACACGUUCGCGGCUUUAUCGAAUCUCCACACGCUGGUGCUGAGCGAUAAUAGGCUGUCUACCAUCGACGCCACGACGUUUAGCGGCCUCUACGUGCUGAGCCUGCUAUCCCUCGAUAAUAAUAGGCUGGGCGAUUUGCAUCCGACGUCGUUAAGGAACGCGUCCUCGCUGCAGGAUCUUCAUUUGAACGGGAAUCGGCUGAUGGCGAUUCCGGAGGCACUGAGAGCCACGCCGCUGCUACGCGCUCUCGACCUCGGCGAGAAUCUCAUCUCCGGCAUACCCAAAGGCACCUUCGAUCACAUGACUCACCUAGGUGGACUGAGACUCAUCGAUAAUCACAUCGGCAAUCUCACUAAGGGAAUUUUCGAUAAGAUCAGGGAUCUCAACAUCCUCAAUCUAUCGGGCAAUCGAAUCCAAUACAUCGAGCCCGGUGCAUUCGACGAAAAUCUUAAGCUCCAGGCUAUUCGGCUCGACGGCAAUCGACUGACCGACAUUAGCAACCUGUUUACGAAAUUGCCAAAUCUCGUUUGGCUCAAUGUCAGCGAUAAUAAGCUGAAGAGCUUCGAUUACGCCAUGAUACCGACCGGCCUGCAGUGGCUCGACAUACACGCCAACGAGAUUACCGAGCUUGGCAAUUAUUAUGAAAUCGAGUCGCAAUUGCAGCUCAAUACGUUCGACGCAAGUGUAAAUAAGCUUACGGAGAUAACGGGCAGCUCCAUACCAACCAGUGUCGAGAUGCUUUAUUUGAACGACAAUCUGAUAACGCGCGUGCAAAGCUACGCUUUCUUCAAAAAGCCCAAUCUGACGCGCGUGGACUUGAAGGGCAAUCGUAUACGCAGAAUCGAGCCGUACGCGCUGCGAAUAACGGCCGUGCCGCCCGAAAAGUCGCUCCCUGAAUUUUACAUAGGCGACAACGAUUAUCUCUGCGACUGCACGAUGGAGUGGCUUCAGCGCGUCAAUCGCCAAGGCCAGAAUCGUGUCCAGCCUCGCGUAAUGGACCUCGAGAGCAUCUAUUGUGAAUUGCUUUACGAUCGCGAGCGGCUUUACGUGCCGCUUGCCGAAGCCGCGCACUCGCAGUUCCUCUGUAAAUACGACACACACUGUUUCGCGCUAUGCCACUGCUGUGACUUCGACGCCUGUGAUUGUGAAAUGACCUGCCCGACCAAUUGCACGUGCUAUCACGACCAAACGUGGACUGCCAACGUCGUCGAUUGCUCGAUGGGCGGGCACGUGGGCAAGCUGCCGGAACAAAUUCCAAUGGACGCGACGCGCCUGUAUUUGGACGGUAAUGAUUUGCGCGCCAUAGCUAGUCACGCAUUUAUCGGACGGAAGAAGCUCAAGAUGCUCUUUCUCAACGCAUCCAACAUCGAGAUCGUUCAGAAUCGAUCGUUCAAUGGCCUGCGAAAUCUCGAGGACCUUCACCUCCAAGACAAUGGCUUGCGGGAACUGAAGGGCCACGAGUUCAUCGGCCUCGACGCUCUACGCACGUUACGGCUCGAGCGCAAUCGACUUUCGGUCAUAUCCAACGAAACUUUCCUCACGCUACGCUCCCUAAUGGCGUUACGCCUCCAGAACAAUCGCUUAACGACCCUGGCGCUCUGGUCACUGCCGCCGAGGAUCGAGGUCACGCUCGCCGGCAAUCCCUGGACCUGCAAUUGCGAGUACAUACACGAGUACCGCGAGUGGGCUACGGGUUCGGGAGUGCGCGUUACCGAUGCGAUGGAGCUGCGGUGUGUGCAUAAUGGCUCCGCGGCGAUUACCGCCACGGCCGACAAGUCCUUCCGCGACGUUAAUGACUUGGGUGAAAGUGAUGAAGGUUACGGGUUCUCCCUCGUGACCGGGAAAGGCCUCGAUGCUAAUGGCUCGAUUUGCGCGGAUCUGGAGAGCAUCGAGAGCGGCGUUGCUGGCAAUCUCACCAAGACCAUUAUCGAGAGGCAGGCCCUCGAGGACUAUUUGCCGCUCCUCGUUAGCACGCUCGUCGCCUUUCUCCUCCUCAUGCUUAUCUGCAUGCUCGGCUUUUUCUUCCGUCACGAAAUGCGCGUGUGGUUCCACUCGCGAUUCGGCGUCCGGAUCUUCUAUCGGCACGCGGACGCCGAUAGGGACGAUCGCGAUAAGCUAUUCGACGCCUUCGUAAGCUACAGCUCCAAGGACGAAGCCUUUGUUGCCGAAGAGCUCGCUCCCGUAUUGGAAAUGGGUAGCCCAUCCUACAAGCUCUGCCUACAUUAUCGGGACUUCCCGGUGGGCAGUUUCAUUGCCGACACCAUAGUCCAAGCCGUGGAAUCGUCGCGCAGAACGAUAAUGGUGCUGUCGGAGAACUUUAUUAAAUCCGAGUGGUGCCGCUUCGACUUUAAGUCGGCGCAUCAUCAGGUGCUGAGAGAUAGGCGACGUAGACUUAUACUCGUGCUCGUCGGCGAUGUGCCGCAACGCGAUCUCGAUCCGGAUAUCAGGCUCUACCUCAAGACCAACACCUAUCUCCAAUGGGGUGACAAACUCUUCUGGGAGAAACUGAGAUUCGCCCUGCCGGAUGUGCCGAACAAUCAGCGAGGCACAACGCAGAGAAUACAGCCGCCGCCGGUGCGACGACAGCACAACAACCAAACGUCAACGUCGGCGGGCGAGAGGAAUCGCACCCUCGCCGUCCACAUCUAAUGCAAUUCGUGCUCUCUUUAUUCAACUACGCCUAUGUUCUAUCAAAUCCUUUAUCGAACACGCAC